AUGACCGACCAAGACAACAACGUCCUACCCACCUCCACACCUCCCCCCACUGACAAUGACCCCCUUCCCUUCACACGGCAGGCCAUGAUGCAGUUUCUACAAUUCCCGGACAGCUUCGGAGUUGCCCACUCCUUCUACCAAUUCGACAAGGAGCUCCAAAUAAUGCUGCGGACUCUGGCUCCCUGGCAACUGAGCCUACUGGGAUUCCAUGUAGCGAUUUCUCAACGGUGGAACGAUGAGACUUUGAAGCUCAGUCAAGAGGAUGCCACCUUGAAGCUAAUCCCAGAGGCGUUGCGGCCGCUGGUGAAGGACCUGUGUUUCUUUGAACCGGAGGAUGUUCCCGACGCGCAAGUGGUGGACUUUCCGAUGGAUGCUUGGUGUUGGCUAUUCCGAUAUGAUCCAUUCAAGCCGCGACAGCACGAUGUGCCUUCGGGGUGGGCUUCAUCGGCGGAGUCGGCAAUGUCAUCCCCUGAGCACCGAGAAGUUGCAGAUGAGGAGCCCGAACCGUCGCAGAACGGCCAACAGAAUAAUAAGCCUUCGGGGCGAGCUCUGUCUGCAGAGCCAGCAAUGUUAUCCCCGGAGCGGCUAUCAGUUAUAGAUGAGGAAUCCGAGCCGUCGUCGCAGAACAGCCAAUAG